CGCUCAGUUCGUGGGCGCCUGCGCGCAUGUGCAGUCAGUCAGUGUUCGUUUGCGGUGCGGUUAACAAUCGAGAUACGGAUCGCGAUCCACCAAAGAGAUAUACACAUAUAUAUAUUUAUAUCAACGAUCCGUGGGAGCAGCAUCCCCCUCAUAGCCCAACAUCCCCCGUAUCCCACAACAAGAGUGUACAAAAAACCACGAAAAUUGUGUGCUAAAUAUUGAAAUAAUUUUGUUUGUAUUUUUGUUCGAGUGCGCGACUGUCAAGUGAUCGAUUAAGUGGUGCCCGGAGAUCGCUGAAGAAAUUCUCAAGAAUUUCAGGUAGCAAAACACACAUAAAUACACACCCACACACACACACACACACAUAGAGGAUCAGGACUGACAGAUAGACAGCUACAGCAUCAUUCUUGAAGGGUUCUCUUCAGCAGAGGAGCAGCGCAGCUACAGAGGCGGCAGUUUUUCCUGGGAAAACUGUAUGCACUCCUAGUGCAGCAGUCAGUGAAGAAGAAAUGGCACUGAACCGCCGCUUCGCGUCCCUCGGCCUCGACAGCCUCGCACUGGCGCUGGCGCUGGCUCUGGUGCUCUCUGCCACAACCACAACGGUGCAGGUCCAGGCCCAGGCCCAGGCCCAGGCAUUGUCAAGGUCAGUCCUGCCCGCACAGCCGGCGGAUCAUUUGGUGCCGCCACCCCUGCCCACAGCGCAGCGUCUCAGCCAUGCGGCAGGGUACUCGGAGGUGUCCCCGGUAGUGGCCUCUGCGCCUGUCCCCGAGCCACCGGGCUUCAUGACGCGCGUGGCCCGAUGGUUUGGAUUGGGCGGACAGACGCCGCGCGACCAGCAGCUGGGGGCCAGCUCCAACAACUACGCCUACCCCAAGCCCGUGCAGAGCUUCGAUGCGGCGGGAAAGCCCUGCAGUCUGUGCAACAAGUAUCCCUGGGUGCCGAUGGUGGGGCAGCAGCAGCAGCAGCAGCAGCAUGCUCCACAACAUCAGCAGCAGCAUCCUCCCCAGCAGCAACAGCAGGUUGUCCAAUCGUGGCAGGUGCCACAACAGCCGGUGGCCCAGGCAUCACAGCAUCGCCAGCGGGCCGUGCAGUUCCGGGCUCUGCCUGCGGCACCAGCGGGGCAGAGUGUCUUCCUGCCCAUCACCGUGCCCCUGCCUGCCCUCAGCCACAUGGCCCUGCCACCGCUGUACAAUGCCCAGCCCUUCCGGCCGCUAGAGAAUGUGGCUGCCCCGUCGGAAGUGCGUGCCAGCACAGUGCCGCCGUUCCGACCGGCACCCAGUCCGCGGCCGUACAGCCCGAGCAUCCCCAGCAAUCCGGGCUUCACGAGCAUCCCGAGCAGCAACUUCGAGAUCGUCCAGAGCCACCAGCUGACGGACUUUGUGACCUCCGUGGAGUAUCCGGCGACCUUUGUGCCAUCGCAUGCGAUCGAUCUGGGAGCCAGGGCACCCCACAGACCCAGCCCCCCCUCGGAGCAGGAGCAGCAGCAGCACCACCAGCCCCACCAUCAGCUGCAGGACAUUAGCACAGUCCGCUACCAGCUGGAGGACCUGAGCAGUGGCUCGGUGCACCAGCACCUGCCCGCCUCGCAGCUGCUCACGGAACUGGGGCACUUUGCGGAGACGACCACGCAGCAGCUGCCGCCGGCAGACAACUAUCCGGCGGCAUCCUCCCAGCAGCUGCAGCAGGAGCAGGAGCAGCAGAUCUACUAUGCGGAACAGUAUCAGGCGGAGGAGACCAGCACAGUGGUGUACACCACGACAGAGCAGCCGCCAACAGAAGCCCCAACCGCACCACCCGCACCACCUGCACCACCAGCACCACCAGCCCCCGUUGUGGAGGUCAAUAACCAUCUGGCGGCAGUGCAUCAUCGCGGCAUCUAUCAUCACUCCGGCAGCCGCGGUAGGGAGACCCCUAAGCGACUGCUCGACUCGCCCAUCAACCAUGCCCUGGGGGUGGGGGUGGCCGGGGCGCGUCCCUUCACCCGUGACCCCGCGGAUCUGAACUUCCGCCUCAGUCAGGUGUACACGCCCACGCCGGCGCCGCCCACGCCCACCUCCACGUACGGGGCCAUCGAUGCCAGCGGACAGUAUGCGGGCAUGUCGCCGCCGAGUCCCCAGCAGGUGAUCAUACCCUACACGACAAAGCAGCGGCCACGCCCCUUCGAGCCAUGGGUCCAUGUCCACAGCCAGAACCAGAACCAGAACCACAAGCACAGCCACAACCAGGACCAUGACCAUGACGACAACGAUGUGGAGGAGCCGCACGAGCAGCAGGAAUCGAAGCUGGCAACGGCCACGGUGACGGCCCCGCCGCCGCCCAACACCCAUCGCACCACCAAGUACCUGACCAAGAUCCUGGCCUCCAAUCUCCGGGAGCUGCUGAAGCGAGAGCGCGAGACGAAGCGCAGACCCCUGGGGGUGGACAUUUCCCGGCUGCAGCACAACAUCGACGGCUGGACCGAGCAGGAGUACAACUCGUUGUCGCAUCGCCCCAGCACGCCCACGAUUCGGGGCCGGUCCAAGCACAUCCCCACGGAGUACCUAACGACCACCACCACGACCCCGGCUCCGGCUACGGCUCCGCUCCAGCAGCUGACGCGUCAAUCGAAGACCACACGCGGCGGCGGCUUCGAGUUGGGUGGCGGCUCUGCUCCGCCCACCAAUGCCGGGGAUCUGUCCACCUCCAUCAACAAUCUGGAGCAGCUGCAUCUGCUGGGAGAGCGCAGCUCGAAGCGCUUCCAGCCUCUGGAGGACAAUCGACUGCAUCUCGACUACUACGAGGGACAGCAGCGACAACGACCGCCCGCCAUGACCACACCCCUGCCGAGCAGCAGCACCACCACCACUACUGCCAGGCCAACGACAAUGAUGCUCGCCAGCGAGGACGCGGUGACACCGCUGUAUGUGAGAAGCACUCAGGCGCCCAAGGAGCUGUGGAAACAGGCCCAGGUGGCCAUCCUGCCGCAGACGAAUGAGAAGGUCUAUGUGGUGACGCCACAGCCCCGUCAUCAGGCCUACCAUCCGCCGGAUGUGCAUCAUGAGGUGUCUGCCUCGGCAUCAGCGCCACGUCCUGUGUACCACCAGACGCCAGCGCCAGUGCCAGCGUCAGCGUCAGCGCCGAGAUUCCCCAGAGUGCGCCCGACGCCAGGUACAGCUGGGGAACCGAAGGCGGCCACGCCCACCAUCAGCUCAUCACAGCUGCACAACUAUACGCCGGAUAUCUUUGGGCUGAUGGGUCUGUCGUCGUAUGUGCCCGCAGAUCCCGUGGAGAUCAUCGACGGCAACUCCAAAGUCAUCACGAUUCUGACAGCUGCGCCAACGGCGGCCGCCCUUCAGAGGCCCACAGCAAAGCCAACGAUGUCGCCCUCCCCGAGAUAGAGACCAUGCCCUAGAAAGAGUUAAAGGACGCCGCGAUCCGCCACAUCUAUUGUAAUAUAUUUCCACAAAAAAAAAGAACAGAAAACACCCCUCAUGCAAGGACCAAGGAGGUGUCCACAUCAAACUUAGAUUUAAAGCAAAGUCUUUGGGAGUUCUAUUUGUUAAGAGAUCGAUCCCCCUAAUCCAUGUUAGAGUAUUUUCGCAUUUGGUAGCUUUAUAAACGCAUAGAAACAGAGGGAUCCUUGGAUUGCAGAGGAGGAGAGGGAUCCAGGGAGUACAAGGAAGGAGAGGGAUCCAGGGGAUACAGAGAAGGGGAGGCAUCUAGGGAGUGUAGGGAAGAAGAGGCAUCCCAGGAGUACAGAGAAGGAGAGUUAGAAGCUUCGACGGCUGAUAGAGAGGAUGAUUCCCCCAAUAGAAAAGAUUUACUCCACUUUUUUUUUCUUUUAUUUUCAUGUAGUAAUAUGUGGGCGUUUCUUCUGCUAGAUGUAAUUCUUUGUAUAAAUAUCUAUAUAUCUUAUCUGUACUAUAUAAAUCGAAUCUAUCGAAUGUCCUGAUGUAGAUAACAAUUUCGAAUGCAAUUUUUCAACGUGCAAGAGAAGUACAUGAAAA